GAAGAAGAGGAAGAGGAUGAGCCUCCUGUUCUUCCUCCACGGGGCCUGGACUUGCAAGGUGACCCCAGAAGAGAACUUCCUCUCCCACCUUCUGGCCACCAAGGACAGGAGCAGCCCCUCUAUACGGAAAGUGUCGAGGAUGGAGGUGAUUAUGAGGAUGUGAUUGGAAACGUGGACUACGAGGAACCUCCUCCCUUGGCUGAGGAUGACGACGACAGAGGGGAUUAUGAGGAAAUGCCAGACCACAAGGACACCUCCAAAGAUGACGGUGCUGAGGUGGACCAGGAAUAUGAGGAACUCUGCAGUGGCCAGCCUGGAGGAAUGACUUCUUCAGGUGUUGAAGAGCAUAUUUAUGAUGUGAGUGAAGGAAGCCUGUCUGCCCUGGCCCUCUAUGACUAUCAAGGAGAGGGGGAAGAUGAGAUUUCCUUUGACCCUGGAGACAUCAUCACAUCCAUCGAACAGGUGGAUGAGGGCUGGUGGCGUGGAUCUUGCCGUGGUAGAGUUGGCCUAUUCCCUGCUAACUAUGUGGAGCUCCUUCCGUGAAGUUCUGCCCAAGAGCAGGCACCCACCUCUUGCUUCUCCAGUACCCAUACUUGCCAUGUGACACCACAGACCACAACUCUGCCCCGAUGUAGGGGAAGUGGAGAAGUGGAUCUACUCUCUCUUCCAUGGAACAAUCAGAUGCUUCUCCUUCCUGGAGCUAUUGUACAUCACCAGGAUCUGUCCUCCUGCUUUUCUGGUCAUGCGGUGAUCUCUGAACCUAUUCAGGCUGCACCUGGUUUGUUUAAUCUCCGUCAGUGGAUCCCCACAACCUCCCCAUGCCCAGUCUUUCUGGGACUCCUAAUUCCAUCUUGGCUAAGUCACUCAGGGACCAAGAGAAAACAGGCACGAAAGCUCCGUGGAGUUAGAAGGAUGGAGAUUAGUUCUGUUCGUGCAGGUUGUCCUUCCCUCACAGGGGUGGGCUUCCAACAUUUUAGCAAAGGGUUCCCUGCCCGGUUGCUGGGUGGGCGUGGCCAUGGUGGGCGUGGCCUCGUUGGCCUCCUGCACCAUGUUGUUGGUGGGGGCAUUUUUGCCUUUCCCAGGCUCCAGAGGCUUUCCUUGAGCCCCCCCCCCGGAGGACGACAACCGCCUCCCUGGACUCUGGAGGCUCUCUGGAAGUUGGAAACGGGCCCAAUUUCUGCCCUUCCCGAACUUCCAGGAGCCCUUUUUUCUGGCCCUCCUUGAACCUCCCUGCAUGCCCUGCACUUAUCUGCAUCCAGAAUGGACCCCAU